AUGGCGUCCCCGGGCCCCCGCCGCCCCCUGGGCCUCCUGCUCCGGCUGCUGCUCCCGCUGCUGCUCCUGGCGUCCCGGCUGCGCGUCGCGGGUGGGCAGGACCCGGCCACGGGACCCUCGGCCCCUGCCAGCCCCUCGGGGGGCCGCGUGGGGGGCCCUGCUGCAGGAACCCCCGGGCCCUCCGCGGCGCACGACCCUGGCACCCGCACGGCAGCUGACGGGCGCCGGCACCCCAGCACCCAGCACCACGGGCGCCGGAGCACCCAUUGCGACGGGGACUGGAGCACCCAUUGCGACGGGGACUGGAGCACCCAGCGCGACGGGGACUGGAGCACCCAGCACGACGGGGACUGGAGCACCCAGCGCGACGGGGACUGGAGCACCCAGCGCGACCCCACUGAGUCCAGGUGCUGUCUGGGUCUGGGCCUGGCUCCGGCAUGUGGCCACCGGUUCAUGAGGAUAGUGGGUGGCCUCCCGGCCCCGGAGAGGAAGUGGCCCUGGCAGGUGAGCCUGCAGGUCAACGACAAGCAUCUCUGUGGAGGCUCGCUUAUUGGCAAGCAGUGGGUGAUGACUGCGGCCCACUGCAUAAUGGGCCACCUGGAAUACACCUCGAAGGUGGGCGACAUCAAAGUGCAGCACACGUCCAGGAUGGCGGUGACGGUCCCCAUCCGGGACAUCGUGAUUCACAAAGAUUACGACGCCUUCCGUUCCUUUCGACACGACAUCGCCCUCGCCCUGCUCGACUUCCCCGUGAACUACUCCAGGCACAUCCAGCCCGUGUGCCUUCCUGAGAAGUCUUUCAUGGUGCAGAACGACAAGGAGUGCUGGGUGACUGGAUGGGGGCGGCUGGAGGAGAAAGAUAAGGAGGAGGCAGCCCCCGUGAACCUCCGGGAGGCCCCUCUGAGCAUCGCUCGCCACGAGAAGUGCAGCGAGCUGCUCAAGAGCCGGCUGAAGACGCGACGCACUCUGGUCCAGAAAGGGACCGUCUGUGCCUACAGUUCCAUGGGGAAGGACGCCUGCCAGGGCGAUUCUGGGGGACCCCUGGUCUGUGAAUACAACCAAAUAUGGGUCCAAGUGGGAAUUGUGAGCUGGGGCAUUGGCUGUGGUCGCAAAGGUCUGCCUGGAGUCUACACAGAAGUCAGCAUGUACAAAGACUGGAUCAUUGACCACAUGAGCUACGUGUCCUUAGAGAACUCAGCCGCUCUCCUCCCGCCUCUGUGUCUGGCGCUGCCCCUGGGCACCCUGCUGAGCCUGUGACCACCGGGCCCCCUCCCCUGCUGUGCAGAGUCCCCACCAGGCCACUCCUCUCACCCCUGCCCUCUCCCCAACCCUCUCCUCACAGUCCUCAAACUCCCAUUGGAACCCCUGACAGCCACACAGUGGAGACUGGAGGCCCCAGGGUCCCAGCCUGGGACUCGGAUGCCCUGCCCUGCCCUGCCUUGC